CAACUUCCGGUUUGAAAAAUAUACUGAAAAUGCCUUUUCCUUUGAUUAAACUAGCGGCACUUGCAAUAAAACAGAUAGCUAAACCAAUGGCAAAUAUCAUGAAGCGUAGAGCAAAGUCUAGUCCAUUCUUCCGCAAAUAUGUAUGUAUGCCACCAGCGCAACUGUAUCAUCAAUGGGAUACCAACAUGAAAGUGCGUAUCUUGGGACUCGGAAAACCAAAGGAUGUUAAACCAUUAAAUGAAGAGAUGGCUACUGAUCUUGGAGCAGACUUGCUAGGAGAGAGUAUCCUAUUUAUAGUAGGUGGAGGGCUAAUAACUUACGAAUACUGGAGAAGUAACCGCAAUGAACAGCGUAAGGAGAAUAAGCAAAAUUAUAAACUUGAUGAGUUGGACAUUAAAGUUCAAGAGAUGGGAAUACUCAUUGAGGAACAAGACACUAAGAUUAGGGAAUUAACAAGACUUGUUCACAGCGUAGGAAAGUCACAAUCCAUAACUGAAAAGAUUGUGAAAAUUGUAAAAAAUGUUGAUGAAACUUGAAAGUGGAGUUUACGCAGUGCCAUAAAUGCAGAUGCAGUGAUAGUGUUUGUGUGAGGUGUAGUUAAAGCAUCAAUGCACCAGCAUGUGUGACUGUGAACAAAAUCACGAGUGCAGUAAUGAAGUAUCAUAUUAGAGUAAUCUUAUUGCGGAAGCAUUCAUAAUUUCAUUUGUGCCAUGAAAAAAACUGGAGACAAAAUAAUUCAACCACAAAACAUGCAGAAUUAUUAUGUGGAGUUAGUUAUUCCACACCUGAAUAUGGGUUUCCGGUUAAGCUGGAAUUUGACCAAAUCGCCUAGAUUCAAAUUGACUUUAGAUCCUUGCAAGAAAUGCAAUCAUUGGUUGAUGACAUUUUGUGAUUCAGGCUCAAAAGCGCUUUAUUAAGCAAUCUAAUUUACUAUUUUGAAGCAUAAUCAGUCUGAGUGCAAAACUAAUUAAGAGAAAGUUCAUUGAUCUUGGUAUUAUCUACAGUAAUGCUAUAUGGAAAAACAUUUUGAAAUAUUGGACUGGUCAAUCACUGGAAAUAUAUCAUGUAUAUGGAUAUAAGAAUGAAAACUACCAAGAGUACAGUAACAUAUUUGGUUAAAUAGUCAUUUCCUUGAUUUAGAAAGUGAAUUCCUUAUUCCAAUAUUAUUGCAUAAUGAGAAGGUUCAGUGUUGCAAUGCAUACAAACCAACAAGACUAUACUUUUAGCACUGCCCUGAUUUUUAGCACU